UCUCCCCGGUCCCGCCCCCCUCGCAGCAGCUCGCUCGGCUCUCCUGCGCCAGCGGUGGUGGUGUGUCACCGAGGCAGGGCUGCGGCCGGAUAGACCCGGACACAGGUCAAUUACCACUCGCUCAGUCCCAAAGUGGCAUCGCUGGGGAGCUACCUCGGCGAGCUGUCCAUCUCGGUUCCGAUUAAGUUGGAUCUACUUCCUCCCGGUGUCACUGCAAGACCGUUCUCCCCAUGUCGGAUUUCAAGCUCGGGAUCGUACGGCUCGGCCGUGUGGCCGGGAAGACAAAAUACACUCUAAUUGAUGAGCAGGACAUACCACUGGUGGAAAACUAUGCCUUUGAGGCACGCAUGGAGGUAGAUGCAGAUGGCAACGGGGCUAAAAUCUUUGCUUAUGCUUUUGAUAUCGGCAAAGGACGGUGGGCAGGCAGACCGCUGCAUGAGCUGCUGUGGGAGAAGCACAGAGGAGGCAUUGCUCCUAGUUUCCAAGUCAUCCACAUUAAUUCUGUGACGGUGGACAACCGACUAGAUAACCUACGGCUGGUACCGGUGGGCUGGAGCCCCAAGCCAGAGGAGAUUUCAAGCAAGCAGAGAGAGCAGUCUCUGUACUGGCUGGCCAUCCAGCAGGUCCCCGCGGACCCUGUGGAAGAGCAGUACCUGGAGCUGAGUCGCACACGCUACUACAAUGCUAACGGGGAGCUGGUGGAGGAGGAGGAGUGCUCCUGUACCUAUUACGAGUGCCAUUACCCUCCUUGUUCACUCAUCGAGAGGAGGCUGCGGGAGUUCAACAUCUGCGGUCGCUGCCAGGUGGCUCGCUACUGUGGCUCCCAGUGCCAGCAGAGAGACUGGCCCGCCCACAAGAAGCAAUGCCGCGAACGUAAGCGAGUACUGGCCCUGGAGUCGGAGCCUGAACGAUGAUCUCUCCUCAUCCUCCACAGAGGGAGAGGGAGGGAGAACACAGGGACAGGGUUAGGGUGGGAGCGGGUCGGAAGUGGAAAGCCGUGGAGCUUUGCUCACCAGAGACUAAUGACAGAGGACAUUGUGGACUGACAGUUCAGGGGGUCAGAAGAUUGCAGAGGGGAGAAGGAGAAUAAAGCAAAGACAUCUGCCACUUCCCAAAAACCUUUCCCCUGGGAAGGUUUCCCCCCCCCCCUUCUUUUUGGGCUUUAUUGUUCUUGAGGAGGGAGAACCUCGAGCUCAACCUGCUGCUAUGUUGGUUUUGUUUUUUGUUUUUUGUUUUUCAAAAGACGAGAAGCCGUCCCGUUGACAAACUGGACCAGCUUCUUUGGACCACACUCACACAGACCGUUGUCGUCAUCCACUUGUAUUCCUCCACCUAGCCACUGGGUGCCACAAUGUCUGCAUUAACAGCGGUGGGGGGGUUAUCUGUUGCUCAGCGGAUAAAGAGGGACAUGGACCUUUUCACUGUAAUGUGCCCCUCUCUGAUCCCUCACAGCUGCUGCGUUCAUGGUCGUGGACACCAUAGCCACCUCCGGGUCUUAUCUUAUUUCCUGCGCAGCCGAUUAUUACCUGAUAGAUGUCACGGAGAAAGUCACACUACCAGUGUUGAAGCGUUUGAAGGAGUGUUCGUGGAUGUAUGAACAUGUGCUGCCAGUCUGCUUCCAGGUUUGGUUAAUGUGCGUCUUUGUGCUUCUUAAAGGGGCCAUAAAUACUCAGAUUUUAAAGUCAUUUAAUCAGAAAUUGGUGAUUUAAUGAGAUUUUUUUUUUCACUGUUUCAAAGUAGUUGCCAAAUAAAGGCUUAAUUUUGUAUUUUGAUUUCCAAAUUGCAAGUUUUCCUUUUUCUCCCCUGUUCAUAUAAGCAGUUUUUUUUUUAAUUGCAUUGUCCAGGUACAGUUUACAAAAGCUGGUGGUGAUAAUACUUUCAAAGGCCUUGAAAAGCUUUUUUCCAUAUGGGUAAAAAAAAGCGGAUGUUUCCACGAAAAAAGUCAUUCUUCCCGCGAUCGUUUUCAUGUUCUCACAACAAACCUUGCUGGUGAUCACACCCAAACAAGAUGUGAAAGUUUUCUCUACCAAAGUGUCGUCUCACCUGUUGCCCGUUGAAAAUCCCUGCAGGCGUCUUCUUUUUUGCUAGUUCUUGACGGACAUUUCUCCUCGUCUGUAUGUUUGCCAGGUUGUUCUGAAUGCAUUCUGUGAGGUGUUUUGUGCAAGAAUCUGUUUUUUUUAAGUUGUCAAUUAUGUAUUUAUUUAAAUUGAUUGUGAAACCUGUUUUUGUAAUUAUUUGAAGGAGAGCUUUAGAAGUAAUUACUGAACAUUUGUCGUAUGGUUGAUGAGGGACUGAACACUGAGCGGUUACUGGAUUUUUCUUUUUUUCUUAUUUUUUUUGUUCCCUCAUGUUUGAAUGAGUGAGUCCUCACAGUUGCAUUUCAGCUCUUGUUCCACAACACAGCAGAAUAGUCACUAAAAUCUUCCAUUUGAGGGAUGUCAUGGAGUGCAAAACUUAAAGACCCCCCCCCCACUCCCUAGCAAAUGUACAUUUUAUUUUGAAAGAGUAUUGCCUUCCUUCCUUUCUUCUGUUACCAGCAAACACUUCAACAAUGGGUCCGUUUAUUUAAGCAUGUGUCUUUGCGGCUGGUUAGUUGUUUUUCUGUAAGCAAGACACAUUUUCAACAGUGCACUAAAGAUUUGGCUCUGAUGUUGGGGUACUUGUCAUAGAUUGGGGGGGGGGGGAGUGAAGGGAAGAGUGCAAACUUUUUUUUUUGACUGUACAGAUUGUCAAAUUUUCCUUUUUUUUUUUAAGAGUAUACGCAUUAAUUACAUUGAAUUUAGGAGCUACAGUAUGUGAAUGGAAGUGAAGUUGGAGAUAACUGACGGUUGCUUUUCCAGUGUAAAAUUAUAAUAAAAUGAAAUGAUCCUAA